AUGGCCGGCGGUCUUUUCUCCAUCCCAGGCUUGGGCGAAAAGUUUGGGGUGCGCUAUCGAUCACGACAACAAAAGCGCGCCAACCUGCUCAAGGAGAGGAUGGGCUCGACAAAAUUCCUGGGCUCCCAGGUCGGAGGGAGCUCCGUCAUCAGCUACUCGUAUACCGAUUUUCCCUACAAGCUGCUCGCCUGGGACAUCUACUACUUUUUUCAGUACAUCUGGGCGUUGCCGUGGAUCGUCUGGCCCGUCACCCCGGCGAACUCUGGCGACCUCGACGAGCUGGCCUUUACGAGGCAGAAUCUCUUUUGCAUUUUUAUGCACGUUGUUCUGUGUGUUCUGCAGAUCGCCUUCAUUCUGGCCUUGCCUUUCGCCAUUCUUUUGCCAAUCUGGGUGGCUGGCCUCGCUUUGGGCGCCUUUUUCGCCGUCAACUAUCUGCUUUGCCUUUUGCUCAAUGGCCCAACGCUCACAUACACCUCGGACCCCAAGUACGCCCCAGAGCUGCCGGAGCACGCCCACGAGAAGUGGAUUUUCCUAAACGGUGUUGCUGUAGGGGACCACUGGAUGAAGAACAACCUCAAUAGACUGGCGCUCACUUUCAAGCGGCCGAUUCUGGGUAUCCACAACCAGACUUCUGGAAUCCUAUUUGACGUUGUCGAAUGCCUCAUCCAACGAAACCUGGGCUACGCCACGUACGAUGUGCGAAUGUGCUAUCGCAUCGUCAAGGAGACGCUUUACAACCCGCAGUACUCCAAGGUUGUUUUCGUGCUGCACUCACAGGGCGGCAUCGAAGGCGGUCUCGUUCUCGACUGGCUUUUGCAGGAGCUCCCACAAGACCUCCUUGCGAAACUUGAGGUAUACACGUUCGGCAACGCCGCAAACCACUUCAACAAUCCCCAUCGCCAUGUUUUGUCCCAGGCCUUGGCGCAGAGGAACCCCGCCGCCAUGACUCUAACUACAACUACCACGACCCAUGGAGGAGCCGCCGUUAGCAGUCCCAUAUCGCCAGUCACCAAUGGUGACCUUCGCCAGGCCUCGAGUCUGAGCAACGGAAGCAAGACCCAAAAGAGUCACUCUGGCACGCCAAGCAUCCCUAACGAAUCAUCGUCAACCUCGUCACGGUCGUCGACUGCGGCGCUAGACAGGGCCAUAGGCCACGUCGAGCACUACGCCCACUCGACGGACUUUGUGGCGAUCUGGGGCGUCCUCCACUUCUGCACGUCCCUGACUGCCGACCACAGCAUGCCGCGCUUCAUCGGGCGGCUGUUUGUGCGCGCCUCGGAACGCGGCGGUCACCAGUUCUGCCAGCACUACCUCGACGGCAUGUUCCCUCUUGCUAGAGACCCAGAGACGGGAGAGUUCAUUGGCGCAUCGGACGAAAGCGAGUUUAUGGAGAGCGAGAUUCAGGUCGGUCGGCAAGGCGAUGCCGGGGCCAACGCCCGCGAGGCAUUCGAGGUCUCAUAUCUUGGCCGCGGGUUUUCGAACGAGGUUGAAUUCCACGAUGAUAACGUCAGGGGAAGGCACAGGAAGAGGACCGUCAAGGUCAAGGACCUCUCCAGGUUGUGGCUGUACCGCAACGGUCGCAGCCCUCCUGAGACACCACCACUGCUGUACACGGAGAAUGGCAUUGUUAGGAACGCGACUUUGUAA